AAUUGUAUGUUCCUGAUAAAACAUUCAUAUUUCCGCAGAACGUUAUGUUCUUCAAAUGGUUUAUUCUUUAUUACCAUUGAGAGUGCUGAAGCAUACCCCAAUGUACGAAAAAAAAAGUGUUACACAGAGAAGCGUGGCUCUCACAUGCGAAACCACCCUCUCCAUCCUUCCUUCAUAAACCUCAAAAUCACAUGACUUUCAGGAAGCUGCUAAACACCUGUGAAGUAGAAGUAGUUUACACACUUAAGGUUUUUUAGUCGUUCACAAGAGAGGCUUCUGUUCUGAAACAUGGCAUCUUGCUGUGCCUGCAGAACGAUUUUUGCCUGUUUUCAAUCCGAGUUGCAUGAUGAUAAUGGUCAAGAUGAUGAAGAUUCACCCAUAGUUAUUCUCUCCCAUCGGAAGACUGUACCAGUUGAAUCAGACUUAACCGGAAAUCUGGCAGAGGUGACAGUAGUGGAGAGCGAUGUGGUUUGUGAGCUCUCUGAACCAUUAAUCCAUAAUGUUCCAUCCAAACCUCUUUCAGAUUCACCUACAGUUAUUCCCUCCCAUCGGAAGAUUAAACCAGUUGAAUCAGACUUAACUGAAGAUCUGCCAGAGGUGACAGUAGUGGAGAGAAUAAGCAAUGCUCUUUGUGAAAUCUCUAAACCAUUAAUCCAUAUUGUUUCAUCCAAACCUCUGUCAGUCAUGGAGAUUAAUAAACUUUUAGAACAAAGUCGCUUGGAAGAGGCCUAUCCGCACAUGCAGUCUCUGCGAAUGAAGUUUCAACGGGAGCAUGAAGCUCUGGGAGAGAAAACACCUUUUCUACAAAUAAGUAAUGAAGAGAAAGACCUGUCUAUGCUCUAUGAGACCCUGAGAACCAAAGUGAUUGAUAUCAUCAAACAAUCCCCUUCCCUGGCAUCCUACAACAAAAAGCUGCUGGAGUAUGUCACUAUCAUCAUCCAGGAGGAGAAAAAGAGAAAAGACGUGGGGCGACUGAAACGAUGGGGGGAUGUCUGGAAGUCUGCCGUGCAGGACGGUGUGAGAGACACAAUCAAGGGGGUCCAGCUGGACAGCUGUGAAGAAAAUGCUUCCUGGUUGGCAGUUCAUUUGGGUCAUCUGGGCAAAGAGAUUGUGGAACUGUUGGAGAAAGUGAAGACAGACCUUUUAAACUUGUACCCAGCGAGCUUUAAUGUGUUUGAAACCUACGUUUCUUCUUGUCACAAGAUUAUUGGAGAACACCUAAAGGAGCUUCUGGGAAAGAUCACAGAACUCAAAGAUUACUAUGCCAUGCUUGAUUUCGCCAUCAACCAAUAUCAUGGUGAGAAGAUCCUUGGUAGUCCAUCCUUGCAGCCAGAGAUGAGGAAACAAAUGGCUUUUACGCUACCUGACCCCUUUCUAGAUCAGAUUAAGGACAAAUACUGCAACUGCCUACAGGAGGAGCUUAAGUCCUUAUUGAGCAAUAUCAUCAAAGUUGAGAAGGAGGAUGUGUGGAUGAAGAAAGACAUGCCCAAGAACACAGAAGAUGGAGGAUUCAUCAUAUCUGAAAUUCAUAUUGACAUCUGUAAACUUAUAGCAAGUUAUGCUGACAAUUCUGGGAAGAUUGAUGAAAGCUUGAAAAGGAGAGUUUUGUGCUCCUGUCUAGAAGCACUGAAACACUUCCCCAACAGUUUUGAGAAAGAGUUUACAAAUCAGACUUCCUCCUUGUUGGGCCCAGAUAUACUGGACUGUUGUCUAUACUGUAAAUAUCACAGUGUGUACGCAAACACCUUCAGCUCACUCAGAGAGCAUGUGGAGAGUUACAGAGAGAGCUGCCCAGAUCAAGUGGAAGAGCUGGGGAGGGAACUUGACAAACUGCUUCUCAAUCUGAGACAAGCUCUGCUGAAACAGUUCAGAGCUGAAACUGAGGCCUUCAUGAAAAAUAUGAUGACCAGGACAUGGCUGAAGACAAAUGAUGAUUUUAAAGAAUUAAAAAAACGAUUAGAGACAUACUCUGGAUUUGGAACAACAAUGAGACCUCUUGCUGCACAAUCCUACGCUAAUGACCUGCACUACCAUGUGGUGAAAGAGUACAUCACUCAGCUACUGAAGAAAGAGUACUCGUGCAAAGGCAACAAGAACAAAUCUGCUGCUGAAAAGAUUACAGACCAGUGGGGUGAUUUCAAGAGACUGUUCAGAGAAAUGGGAUCAACCUUAGAAUGGCUUCACCCACUAGGAGAUCAGCUUAGUCUGAUAAUUGAACAGAAGAAUGAGAGAGACAUAACAAAUCUUUUGGAACCAUUUUUAAACAAUUAUCCUGAUAUCAGUGAGAAUCAACUUACAGCCAUUCUGUACUUCAGAAACAAUGAUGUUAAAAAGAAUGUAAAACUGAUGCUGAACAAGAACACCGUCAUUCAGCAUUUUAUUGUGCUGAAAGCGAAACGGGAAAAAACUGGGGAGAAAAAUCCUGACCGCAUGCUCUUUAGUGAUAUUAAUGGCAGGAAAGCAAAAUCCUGAUACACACAAUGAAGGAUUCAGCUGUGACAGUAUUUCCUCUUUUCAUAUAUUGAUAUUCUUAAAAAAGCCCCCUUAUCAUAAUUUGUUUAGCCAUUCAAUUAUUACAGAAUUACAUGUGUCGGACCUGUGUGGGGUUUAUAACCAAAAUAUCAACUGCUUUAGUAAAGAAAUAUGAGUUUUACCAAGUGGAACGGAUUUACACGAAACAAAGAGAAAUUUCGAUUUUUAAAAUAUAUUUUUUUAAACAUUUUUUCUGAUUGUUUUUUUUAAUCAGGUUAGACUUUUAUCAUGUACACAACCUCCACACAUACCAUUUAUUAAACAAUGCUUAAGAUCUUAGGAGCAUAACAGUUUCAUAAAUAUAAAGGAGGACUUACUUAAACUACAGGUCACAAAUGUUUUCAAAUGAGCAGAUUUUAGCAGAUUAAUAUUCCUGACAAUGCUUUUAAGACAUCCAGUAAUUUUAAUGGUAACGGUAGAAGUUAAGGCAAUAAUUAAUUUAGCAGAAUAAGGUAAAAGAAAAUUCUAUACCGAUUCCUAACUGGAAACUUUUGGAAGUUAUAGUUUAUUUUAAUAUGUUUAGUUUUUUAGUCAUCAAUAGUUUAAGCUUCUACAUCUUUAUAAACAAGAGCAGAUGAAGGCUAUUUUAGAACUGUUACAUUUAA